AUGGGCCAUAAAACGUGCGCUCGUGGCGCGUUCAUGCAGCUCAAUCCGAAUCAAUGGGAACAGUUAGGCGAAAACGCGUCUCGAGAUUGCAUAGGCCGCGCUAGGCGCGUGAAGCGGUCGCUCGACCUUGCGCGGUGUUUACGUCGGCGGAUCGGUCGCGGGCGCGUCAUGGCCGCCCGUUGCACCGCGUGGGACACAAACAACCCACAUAGCCAUACCCACGGAACGUACAGCGCUCCGGGUAUGCAGGACACCCGCCCGCGUCCGGUUGGGUGCGACGCGCUCCGAUCCAGCGGGGAUGCCACUGAACUCUCAACGCACGCCGUCGACUCGAGCCUUCUGCCGCAGGACGUAUUAUUAUUACUUUAUUAU